AUGGCGACGUCAUCGGGGCAUGCCCAUGUGCGUGCCUACCUGCAUUCGCUGUUGGGGCGCCAACUGGAUAAGAAAGAAUACAUGGACGCAGAAAAUGCUUUGUUAGCGCAGUUGGAUCGAAUGCGUGACGGCGACGAUGACGACGCGUGCAUGGCGCUGCAUGAGGUGCUACGUGUGCACAUGCAGCGCCUCCGGCCCAUAUCUGAGGCAGAGCUCGAUGCGGCUGCUCUGACACUUAUGCUCAAGCAUCGUGAUGAUACCAUGCGCACAUCUACGGUGAUCCGGUCUACGCCUUCAUCCACCACGUCGUCGCCAUAUACCCCUCCUGCCGACGCACGACAUGCCAACGAACUUCGUCCGCCGCAGCCCAUCAAGGUAUCCGCGCCCGACACAUUCCCAGAUGACGAAGAAGAUGAGUUUUCUCCUUUUGCGCCACCGAGCGCUUCUGCCUUAUACCAAGGCGCGGCCUCCGCUCCUCCCUUAUCGGUGCCGGAUAUGAGCGCCCUCUCUCUGCACGCCGAGGCAAGUGCACCCAUGCUCACGCCUCUCGAGGUAUUUUGCAGUGUGUUUGUCGCGCAUAAUCAGGGCCUGUUUCCGGAUGAGCCCGAUGCACCGCACCGCUUCCAACGCGCCUCCCUCAUGAUCCAGCAUGCGUUGGACAUCAGCCAUUACGACAUCAGUGCGGCGCUCCAAAUUGUCAAGCAGGCCCAUGAUGCAGGCGUGGAUAUCAUGGAUAUGCAGCCGCCUGACUCAGCAGGCUCUGAUGAUCCCACCACGCGCGUAUGUCGCUUCUUCCUCGCGGGCGAGUGCCGACGGAGUGACUGCCGCUUCUCUCACGAUCUCAACAAGGCGCUUUGCCGCUUUUGGCUCCGGGGCCAAUGCCUGAACGACCCAUGCCUUUUCAUGCAUGACUAUGAAGCACUAUCGAUGCUCGCACAGAGCAUCGUAGUCGCUCCAGCGCCGCCAGAACCCGAGCCUGAGCCCUCGUGGAUCCCUCCGCGUCCCAAGCCCGAUGCGUCCCAAACGCCCUGGGCGAUGGCUGCCAAGAGUGCCCCUGCCUCGACGACACCCAAAGUCAUGCCGCGUGGUAGCACCAGCACUGUAUCGAGCAAGCGUCUCGCGCUUCGGCCGCCUUCCUUGCUUCCGACGUUAUCGACGGGCAGCGCCCUAGCCAUUGACAUGGGCAAAGUACGCGCAUCACAACCCAGACAUCAGGACCGCUGGAAGACGAUCGAAGCACUCUUGCACGCGCGGCAUGAACGUCUACGCGAGCGUCUGCAGGUCGGCGCGGGCGGCGAUGCGGGCGGCUGGGGCAGCAGUGCUCAGGCGAGUCAGGAACGCGGCUCACGGGGUCUGCGUGGCCGGUGGAUGGGCGCGGGUCUUGGUCUGUGCCUCGGCGUUGCUAAGCCACAGGUGGCAGGUGCAUCAUUGUCGCUGGACGAACGCACAGAAGCUGUACUCGACUUGCACGGCCUGCAUGUGGACGAGGCGCUCGAGGCUUGCGAACAAUUCCUACUCGCCCUCGAGUCCGAAGGAUUCCGCGGCCUAGCCUAUUUGUGCGUCGGCGCCGGCAAACACAGUGUCCGCUCGCGCGGCAAGCUCGCAUCCAGUGUGCGCGAGUUUCUCCAAAGUUGGGGCUACCCGCAUGCCGACUAUGACGGCGUGCUUGCCUGCGAUCCCUGCACGCACUUGUCGUAG